UACUUGAUUCAUUGAGGGCCUUCUAUACAGUCUCCCUGUUCAAACGCACCUGAUAUUCAUCAGCUCAUUAGUGAAGACUUCAAAUGUGUGUCAGAUAAGAGACACCAAAACCGUGCAGUGUUGGGGGUUCUCCAGGACCAGGAUUGGGAACCACUGUCAUCAGGUGCAGAGAUGAGGAGGAAAAACUUGCAGACGAUAGUGUUACUUCUGACAGGUGUUGUGUGCCUGGUCAUUAUCAUGACGAAAAACGACUUUGAAAAUGACUUCACACUUAAGAGCAAAGACGUAUAUGAGAUGCUCAGUCAACAAAAGGAUUUGCCCAGUUUUGAAACUCUGCAGCCUUUGUCUUCACAUUGUCAUCAGAAUAUGUCUGCUUAUAAUGUGACUGGGUUUUCUACUCUGCCAAAUCAUAUCCAAGACUUCCUGCUCUACCGACACUGUAGGAGUUUUCCCAUGCUUCUUGAUGUGCCUGAUAAGUGUGGUGGACCGCAAAACUCUGCAGAUGUCUUCCUUCUGCUGGUCAUCAAGAGUUCUCCAGAGAAUUACGAUCGAAGAGAAGUUUUGCGGAAAACAUGGGCUAAAGAAAGAUUGCACAAAGGUGUGUGGAUCCGCAGGGUCUUUAUAACUGGAACGAGUAAAACUGGCUUUGAGAAGCGCCGGUUGAAUAAACUAUUGAAGCUGGAGAACCGUGAGAACCAAGACAUUUUACAGUGGGACUUCAAUGAUUCUUUCUUCAACCUCACACUGAAGCAGAUUCUUUUCUUAGAGUGGAUGGAAAGAUGGUGCCCGCAUGUCAGAUUUCUUUUAAAUGGAGAUGAUGACAUCUUUGCCAAUCCGUUUAACAUGGUUGAGUAUGUUCAAGGUCAGGAGGACAAUGAUGGAAGUAAACAUCUCUUCGCUGGGCACCUCAUCCAGAACAAGGGUCCUAUCAGACAACAUUCAAGCAAAUAUUUUGUCCCGGUGCAAGUACAAGAGUCUGAAAGGUAUCCUCCAUACUGUGGUGGAGGAGGCUUUCUUCUCUCCGGCUUCACGGCCAAAACGAUCUACAAGAUGUCGCACUCUAUAGAUCUGCUGCCCAUUGAUGAUGUUUACAUGGGAAUGUGUUUGGAAAAGGCUGGCCUCAAACCUAUAUCCCACUUUGGAGUGAGGACCGCUGGUCUGCAUAUCCCCGCUGAAAAUGUUGACAAAUUUCACCCUUGCUUUUUCAGAGAAAUCAUUUUAGUCCACAGAUUUCUGCCGCACAUGAUUUUUCUGAUGUGGAAUGAGAUACAAAACCCACAUCUGCAAUGCGGAAGGACAAAUUCCAUGUUCAAAAACUGAACUGGGUGUGGGGAAAUAUAACAGCUGAUUAAGAAUUAUUUUUUUAACAUGGUGGAAAUUCUAAAGUAUGGUGCAGUUUUGCAAAACUACUUUCUUAAACAGUGGGUAUGAGAAACAAGAGUCCAUAUGCAUAGGUUUCUUUUUUUUACAUUUAUGUGUGUAUUAUGGAGUACAGUGCUGUAUUCUAACCAAGUACAAAUAAUUGUAGGCUACUUAUGAGUUAACGAAUAUAUUUGCUUUCAUUGAAUAUCUUUGUUUUUGUAAUGUUUUACUUUCCUUGUUUUGUGGGGAAAAUGAAUACUGUUAGUCUGAUAGCCUAGAUUUCUCCAGAUUGUUACUGUUACCAACGUCACAGAGAGCAGGGAAUCCAAAAGAAUAGUCUUUAUUAUAAAUCCACUCAAAAACAGAUAGGAAAAACUGGACAGCAAUUGACGGUGUUUACUUAUUGAAUGAAUCAGCUUUUUGAAUGAAUUGGUUGAAUAAAUGAAUUAGUUAUUCACUCAUUAACAGUCAAAUGCUUGGUUUCUGAAGGAAUCAGCCUUGAAUGAAUGACUCACUCAUUAACAUUCACUUGCUGUAACCUACUGGCGGUUUUAAUUUCAUAUUUAGACUUUUUUUCAUUUAUUAAAUUAUUUCAAAUAUCAAUAUUCGUUUCAUGUUAAAAACAAAUCAUUAUUAUUACAUUUUAAAAUACUAUACAAAAUAAUUAAUCAGAAUACUUACUCCUGCUCACUCAUGACAAAGAACUCCCCGCUCAAGCUCGCCGUCUCUGCAAGAUUAACGAUGGCAGUUUGCACGCACAGCCACUUAGAAGAUUUACAUCUGUCAGACAGGUUGCAGACGUCGUCAAGCUUCGAGUCUGCGCGUCAGAAACGGAAGUGCUAAAAAACGCUAAAACUGGGCUUCAUUUGUCUCAAUUGAGUUCCAAUGGGGUCGCUGUGUCCAUUUCUUUUACUGUCUAUGGUUGUUAUUGAUUCUAUUUGGAGUCUACCGGAAGUUAAGUAAGGUCCACAAAAGCGCUCACGCGCAUUAACGUUUGUUUAUGUUGAUGCCGUUGAAACCGUGCCUAACCUGAUUUUACCAAGUGAGACAUGUUCCUGGGACAACAUCGUUGUUGACCCUGGAACAACAUUGUGAUUAACCAAUCAGAUUUGAAGAGCCAGUUUAUAGAUUUUGUGAAGUUUAUGCUUAAAAUCAGUGUUUGGUGCUUGUACAUCAGUGUCAUUCAUCUAUCAUUUCCUCUGAUUUUAGGGAUUACUCAUGGUUAAGGUUAGGUUUAGGUGUAGGGAUAUGGUUAAGAAUAUAUUUUUGGAGUAAAAUGUUGUUCCAGGGUCAACAAAAUAUGUUGACCUAGGAACACAUCGGACUUGGCAAAAUCAGGACGUGCUUGAAACCGUCUAUAAAUUAUCUCGAUCUAUAACGAGAUGAGUGCUGCAGUUCAGAGUCCUGUCAGCCGGAUUUAACGUACAACACUUGAAUUCCCCAGUUUCUCCCGAAAUACAUGGAAGUAGGUGGCUGUUGAACUGGAGAAUAGAGUAAACUUUAUUGUUCUGCUAUGUGUGUCUGAUAUAUGAAUAAAACACGUCGGCAAAUUACAUUUGAUUAGAUAGUUUUUGCUGCUUCCAUAGACAUCAGUGUGCAUUUUACUACCAAUGUAUUGUUUUACUAGUGAUUAUGUAUAUUUAAAUGUAUGAAACCUAAAAUAAACA